AUGGGCUUUGCUUUGAAAAGACCCGAUGAUGCGGCCGGCUCAGCUGUGCCGGCCAUAGUCAUCGGCCUCUUUGUUUCAUUUGGUGGUGUUUUGUUUGGAUAUGACACUGGUACUAUCAGUGGCAUUCUUGCAAUGAAGUUCUGGAGAGAGAUGUUCUCGACUGGCUAUGUCGACCCUAAUGAUGGUCUUCCAGGAGUCACCUCGUCGCAAUCCUCAAUGAUUGUCUCCCUUCUCUCCGCCGGUACCUUUUUCGGUGCUUUGGGUGCGGCCCCUCUUGCCGAUACUUUUGGUCGUCGGCUUGCCAUGAUCAUAAACAGUUUCGUUUUCUGUGUCGGUGUCACUUUGCAGACUGCUUCCACUGCAAUUCCACUGUUUGGUCGCUGGGCGGUUCUUUGCUGGUCUGGGUUUCCUUUGUACCAGUCCGAGACAGCGCCAAAAUGGAUUCGUGAUGUCAUUGUUGGUGCUUAUCAGUUGGCCAUCACCUUCGGUCUGCUCUUAGCUUCUAUCGUGAAUAACGCCACGAAAGACCGCAACGAUACCGGCUGCUACCGCAUCCCUGUUGCUGUCCAGUUUGCCUGGGCCAUCAUCCUAGUGGCGGGAAUGAUUGUUCUGCCCGAGACUCCGCGUUUCUUCAUCAAGAAGGGCAAGCACUACGAAGCCGCAAAAUCUCUGGCUCGUCUCCGUCGUUUGGACGUCAAUGAUAUUUCCAUCAUCGAGGAAUUAGCCGAGAUCCAAGCCCACCACGAAUCUGAGCUCCGUAUGGGUGACGCUAAUUACCUUGAGAUCAUGCGCGGUUCUAUUGGCAAGCGCCUGGCCACUGGCUGUGCAAUUCAGGCUCUACAGCAGCUUGCUGGUAUUAACUUUAUCUUAUACUAUGGUACCACGUUCUUCCAGAACUCGGGUAUUCAGAACUCCUUCAUUAUUUCCCUCAUUACAAGUAUAAUCAACCUCAUAUCCACAUUGCCAGGUAUGUAUUUAACAGACAAAACGGGUCGCCGUCCUCUCCUCUUGUUCGGUGCCGUCGGCAUGUGCGUCUCACAACUCAUUGUUGCCAUCGUCGGCACGGUCACUACCUCCACCAUUUCGAAUCAAGUGCUUAUCGCAUUUGUCUGCGUGUAUAUCUUCUUUUUUGCCAGCUCAUGGGGUCCCAUCGCCUGGGUUGUCACCGGCGAGUUAUUCCCACUCAAGGCUCGUGCCAAGUGUAUUUCCAUCACAACCGCUACUUGCUGGCUUUUCAACUGCGUGAUUGCCUACGCCACCCCUUACAUGGUCAAUAGCGGGCCUCGUAACGCGAACCUCCAGUCUAAGGUGUUUUUCAUCUGGGGUGGCUUCUGCUUUUUGUGUGCCAUCUUCGUCUACACCUGCAUAUAUGAGACCAAGGGGCUUUCCCUGGAGCAAAUCGAUGAGCUCUACUCCAAAGUCUCGGUCGCAUGGAAGUCACCCGGUUUUGUUUCUUCCGCCAACCAUGUUGAUGUCCUGGACGUUGUUGACUCCGAGCUCGACAGUCAUGCUCAGCUGGAGUUGCAGGCGAAUGAGAAAUGGGACGGACAGACGGCCACUCAUAUGGAGAACAUCUAUGCCAAGGCUGACUUUUAG